AUGUUAUGGACAUUUUCACAAUUUUUGGUGCUCCAUCUAUCCUUCACAGCGACAACGGCCGAGAAUUUUGUAAAUAAAGUGAUUACCGAAUUAGCUAACCUAUGGGAUGGAGUAAAACUAGUUCACGGCAAACCAAGGCAUUCGCAAAGUCAGGGUUCGGUGGAGCGGGCAAACCAAGAUGUGCAACAUAUUCUUGCCUCUUUGAUGGAAAUGAAGAAAACAACUAAGUGGUCCGAAGAACUGAAGUAUGUACAGAUGAUGAAAAACCGAUCAUAUCACAGCGGUACUCAACAAACUCCAUAUGAGGCUCUUUUUGGUUCCAAAAUGAAAUUGGGUUUAAAAUCGUCUAACUUUCCUAAUGAAGUCGUCGAGAAACUUCAGUCCGAAGAAGAAUUGGAAAAUGUUUUUAAUGAAGCUACGUUGCACGCUGAUGACGAAGCAAUAAUUUCAUCUCAUUCUGAGGAAACUGUUGCUGAAACUAAUGAACCACAUGACGACAAUUUGGAUGAAGUAACUAAUUACAUUGUAACGGAAAACGGCGCACUGCAGGAAGUGAGAGACGGUGACCUUCAAGAAAUUAGUAUGGAACAUGGCAACGAAAAAGACAAAUUAAAUUCAUUGAAGGAUACAGAAAAUUUUCCGGUAUCAAAUGAUUCAAUUGCAUCUAACAAACGUCGAAUACGGCAAAAAAGGGCAUUGGCACACACAGGACUUCAACUGCAAGCUAAUAAAAUGUUAAAAUUAUCAAUAAAAAAGUUUCCACCUGCUGCAAAUGGAGAUAGUGUUAAAGUGCCAAUUCCUUAUGUGGACAGAAGUAGGACAGAUCCUAAGAAUGUACUCGCCACCGUCUUAUCAAUAGAUGAUGAUAUGUAUGUGCUAGGGACCAAAGAAGGGCGCUUGAAAUAA